CUCCUUAUCGCUACGGUUGUGAGUUUUCAGAUUAUAUCGUUUACUUAAUGAUAAAUGGAGAAAAAUAGGCGAAUAUAAUAAUCGGCAAGUUACAAAACAACAAGUGAUGAAGCAGAUAUUUCUGUCCCUUUCCUUGCUGGUGGCCUUUGCUAGGCCGGAUCGUAUUUACGAAAAUUCUACAGAGCUCUGUAGUAAAAAAUGCGCCUGCAAUUUAUCACAGAACAACGAGACACUUUACAUAAACUGCGAGGGUAGAGGAAUUACGCACACAUUAGCGAACUGGCCCAAACAUCCGAGUUCGUUACAGGCCACAUUUAGAAAUAGCACAAUUACAACACUAGAUCCGAUGCCAGGCAGUGACGCUAAGGAGAUCAGAUUGAUCUACUCAAAUUGCAAAAUCAAGUACCUAGCCUCUGGCCUGCUGGAAAAUGCGAUGAAUGUAAAAUACUUGGAUCUAAGCUACAAUGAAAUUGAACGCGAACAACUAAGCGCAAAUGUUUUCAAGGGUCCAUACAACAACACAGUUUAUGAACCAAUCCUGUUGGAAUAUCUCGACUUGUCCUACAACCGACUACAUAGCUUAUCGAAAAAUGUAUUUAUACACACUCCCAACCUAAAAUACCUAAAUUUCGAAGGAAACAGGCUACGAGUCAUGGAUCACGUAACAUGCUUAGCCUUGGCGAAACUAACACAAUUGCAGGAUUUCAAUCUAGCGAACAACAGACUAACGGAAAUACCUCACGAUGCAGUGAGACACUUCCCAAACUUGACCGUGAUAAAUUUGUCGCACAACGAACUGGACUUUGUUCCGGAAUCUUUAGGUUACGUAGCGAAAUCGCUACAAAUAUUAAACAUUAGUGACAACCCCAUCAUCGAGUUCGAGAUUCACACUUUUGAAGGACAGCAAAACAUUUUGAAAAUUUUCGCCGAUAAUUUAGGCGAAUUAUCACUAAUUCGACCGAGGGCUUUUACUCCGCUGAGACAUUUGGAAGUGUUCAAACUGAGCCACUGUUCUAAACUGAGCGAAAUUGACGAGGAGGCAUUUUUCAACGUGACUACUCUCGAGGAGGUUUAUUUAAACGGUAAUAACUUGAAGACUCUACCAACUACGCUACUGCCAUGGGACACGUUACGUGUGUUAAACAUUGAAGACAACAAUUUCGAGUGCGACUGCAACCUUUACAAUUUGACGGUCAAUUUUCCAAAAAUUGCGCAUAUGGUUAGUUGCAUCGAACCGAGUAGUCAACUGAGUGUAGAGUUGGUUACGUUAACAAAUUCGACAUGCGCAAAAACGAAUAAACGUAUAUUGGGCGCACUAGUAUAUGGCCGCGUGCGAGUGAUGAGAAUAACUUUGACCACCCUCAUCAUAUUGUUCAUCCUAGUUGGGACAUUUGCCAUGUGGUUGGCUCACACUAAGUAUAAGAUGUACAAACGAACGUCAGGAUAUCCCUUUCCUGUCGUAUAUAGUCCCAUUUCCAGCAAUAGGCUUUAGUUCAAUAAGUUCGGACACUACAGUAGUUGAUAUCAAGUAUUUUUUAUCCGUUGUCUGGAUUGGUGUACAGAAGUUGUGUUGUUCUUAGUUGUUUUUUUAUAUACUUUUACUUUUAUU